AUGAGUUUCUGCGGUGCCGCGCCUCAAGAGGAUGUUGGGAAUAUGCACUUCUUCUGCCUGAUUUCGACCUGCAUGGCGACCGAUGCACCAUCCUCCGAGUCUCUCAAAAGCACGGAAGUGACACUGGCACAGAGGCCACAGAGCCUGCCGUCGUACCGCUACGAACCUCGGCGGGAGCAGCUUCGCAGCAGAGACACAUCCCGAAACUACUCUGCCGUAUCGUGCACCCGGGGUCUGCCCGAUUUCUCCGUCGACCUCGUCAUUCAUCAAAGCAGUGUUGGCGACGAUAUCAUCACGCACAAGGAUUCGCUGCUGAGAAUCACACCGACCGUCGAUAGCAUUCUGCGAUACCUGCGCGAUCCUGACGAGUCGCUGUACCUCUGGAUUGACGCCCUGUGCAUCGACCAACAGGAUGAGAAUGAUAAGGCGUCGCAGAUUCCACAGAUGGGCGAGAUUUACAGGUGCGUCGAGACGGUACACGUCUGGCUUGGCGACGUCGAUGCCGAUGAAGUCGCGGUGGCAUUUGCCAACAUACGCAUGGUCAUCCAGGAGAUCAAGCUUGCAGAUCGAGCCGUCUUGCAUUAUGGAGAGCACUCUGUUGAGUACGCACGCUUCCGAGCAGCUUGGUACUUGGUGGAGAGUCGCAAGUUAUCUCAGGGUAACCUGGGAUAUUUGCGACAUUUGCUACGGCGUGAUACGACGGAUGACUUCUUGGAACUGCUCUGGGAAUUCCAUACGGCCAUGUGCUCAGAUCCGCGAGAUCGUCUUGCAGCUUUGCACUGCUUCCUACCCCAGAGCGAACAACAGAUUGAUCUCCAGUAUGGCCAGAUCGGCUGGAAGGAAAUGCAUCGCCGCCUAGCUGAGAGAUAUAUCAAUAAAGGCACUCUAUCGGCGAGUAUGGUCAUUCUGCGCCUUUUCGCGUUUGGCCCGGCUGCUGGGAGGAGCCUAGACGACGCCGAGUGUCCGUCUUGGGUCCCUGAUUGGUCUGGGGUUCGACAGCUGGGAAUGGCGUCAGGCGAGUUCCAUAUGGAUCGCCUGCAUCCGACAGAUCGCGACGAUAAGCCUUGGAUGGACUGUACCGAUAAUUUCGGUGGCUUGCAAACUGAAGGUCCUUCUCCAGAACCCCACUGGAAUGUCAGUUUGUCUAGCAAAGAGAAAGAAAAGCUCUGGCUCCAAGAGGCACAACAAGACAUCCCAGACUGCAGAAAGUUCAGCGGAUCCAGACUUGUCAGGGAUGAGUUCGCAACAAGAUUCUUUGCUGAGAAGACGAAACUAAGGGUCAGACUGAUCCUGACGCUACCGCGAGAACUAGUAGUCGAGAAGGAAAAGUUGUGGAAACACGCACUCUCAUGUCUUAAGCCAAUCCAAAAUCAAUUCGUGACAUCAAGGAGUUGUUUAAGGAUUGCGGCAUUAUUCGCAAUCGCCCUAAAGGGCAAGGACACUGUGUCAGAGGAUAAUGACCAAAUGAGCAGCUGGUCUUUCCACACGCUUACGGAAAAGCUGUACGAAACAGUCAGGACUGGCUUUGAGAAUCCGGAGUUUCUUGCCGGAAAACAGAAAUCGCUACUGGCCUUAAUCGGCAGCAUCCUUCAAAGGUUCGCUGUGGUUGUGCUUCAUCCUUCGCCGUAUGGUCGUUAUAGGACGAUUGAGCACGAUCCUACUAGGUUGGAACCAGACUAUGGUUUGGCGCCUCACGUUAUGAAACUUGGCGAUAUCUUGAUCGCCUUUGACGAAACGAAGCAACGAAAGUUUCCGAUCGACGACUAUUGCUUUACAGGCCCGGACUUUUUAGACGGUCAUUUUGCGUAUAUAGGAGAGCAUCUGGUCGAGGUAUCGAUGUGCUUGAGGCCGAUGUCGCCCAAGCUAGUGCAUGAGGUUUCAGAUAUUUCCCAAGACAAGCUGUCAUCACCAUUAGAUAAGAUUGCGGCAAUGGCCGAUGGCUCACAGGAAACAUACAGACAUCGGCCAGACGACCAAGAGUUCCCCUAUCCUCCGAGCCACGUUCGAACAGCACGAUUCUUGGGGCCUGCCUACUGUGUCAGCAAGUCUCGUGAUGGCAUGUCAACCUUCGACAGAUCUAAGAGAACGUCUCUGCCGCCCAUUAAACAUAGACAUAGUGUAGCUCAGCUUAGGAUUACUAGCAAAAGAGCCGAGUCUUCGUGGAAGUCGACUCUUCUACUCACUUCCUAA